AUGGACAAAAUCCCUCCUGGUGCAGACCUGACUCUCAUACCCAUUGCCCCACCUCCGUAUCCUGGAUAUGUGCCUAAUCUCAAUGGAAAGGGGGAACUGGAAGACAUGUCGAUUGCAGUAUGCGCAACGAUUGUUGCUCUGCAACUGAUACUGUUAACUAUCCGGCUCUUUACCAAACUCAAGGCGAAGUCUCGCCUGGCUUGCGAUGAUUGGUGCGCAGUUAUUGCAGCUUUGCUGUCAUUCGGUCUUGCCAUAACGGUCGUUGGUCAAAGAUCUAGAGCAAAGCACAUGUGGGACAUAUCUCUUGCAAGUGCGAUAGAUCCAACACUAGCAAAGAUCGGUUACUCUUCAAUGAUUCUGUCCGGUCCUGCCCUCUUCAUGGGCAAGGUCACGAUGCUCGCCCUCUAUCUCACGAUUUUUGGACACAUUCGCAAAGUCAAGUGGAGCAUCUACGCGGUAAUGUUCUUUGCGCUUACAACCGUAGUCAUGACACCACUGGAUGCUGUCAAAUGCGGAAGAAAGAAAGGCCAGGGCUGGGGUGAACAAAAUCCAGCCUGCGAAGAAACUUAUGUUUACGGUGUGGUACAAGGGGUUGUCAACCUCGUAGUUGACCUCUACAUUCUCAUCCUACCUAUUCCUAUCAUAAUGAACCUUAACUUGCCGCUGAAGAAGCGACUCGGCGUUUUGGUAAUCUUCCUCACCGGCUCUAUCGCGAUCGUAGCCGAUAUCAUCGCUAUGAAAUUCCGUGUCGAUCUCGUCAAAGCGAAGGAUCCUGCUUGGGCAGGAUUUCUCAUUCUUUUGCUAAGUGUUGUCGAGACUGGUAUAUCGGUUAUGUGUUCCUGUAUGCCGACACUCGCAAGCUUUGGCCGCCGACAUCUCUUCCAAUCCGAAUAUUUCAUUGCGAUACGCUCAUUUUUGUCGUCUAGUCGGAGUCGCGCUUCAUCCAAUACUUCUUCCUUCUCCCCAUUCAGUUACCGGACCUCUAGACCAAAGAAGCGCCUGGACCCGUACUCGAUCAACAUGCCCACCAAUAACUCAGUGAGUCAGCUACAUAGCAAUGCUUAUGUCGAGCUCAACGACCACGGCAGUCUUGCACCUUCGCGGGACAUUCAACGAACCACGGAAGUGGAGCAGAUUAGUAUCCAUAACUCGGAAAAAUCAGCUGGCCGUAUUGUAUAA